UCGAAGCGACUCCCUCAUCCAACCACUUCCUUUAUGCUUCUUUUUUAUUAUUAUUAUUCCUAAUUGCCCUGGGUGUUUCCGCGGGAGAUGGCGGCCGCGGGUGGGGAGCGGCGGCCCGGAGUCGACGUUUCCCCCAAGCUCGGGAGCCGGGGUGGCGCGGGAGGGGGCGACACAAAGAGAGCGCGGCCGCGGCGGGAUGCGCGGGGAGCAGCCCCGGCCCCCCGGCAGCCGGGCGCCCUCGCUGGGCCGCCCCCGGCGGUUUUGCACAGGGAGCGGGACCUCAUUCUGCUCGCAGAGAAUAAAGAGCGAAUGGGGCUUUUGGCGCCAAAUGCCAGGCACCUCCCUGCUUGUAUGGAAAUUAGGGAGGUGGGGUUAGGUUGCUCUCGCCUUUUUUUUUUUUUUUUUUUUAUGCUCCCCUCCCCGGGUGUGUCAGGUUUUUUUUUUUUUUGCUUUUGUUUUUUAAUGCCUUUUUGGGGGUUAAUAAUAUUCAGAAGCUUCAAAGCCAGCUAGUGACAGUCAUCUGUCUGCAAGCAAAGGGUGAAUGCAGAGGCUUGGGCCAGCCGCGGGGGCCGGGCGGGCUGGCGCUCAGUAAAGUGCAACAUACAAGAUCAUCUGCCUUUUUUUUCCCCUCGCUUUUUUUUUUUGCUUUCCCCUUCCCUCCCGCCACUCCUCCCCCUUGCAACACCCACCACCAUCACCAAGGAGUUUCAGGUCUUGGGAGAAUCUCUCCCCCUUGGUGGAAAUACUCAUAAAACCUGUACCUAAAACCAUUGACCCAGGGAUCAACAAAAGGAGACCCGUAAUGCCAGGAAUGGUCAGUAAAAACCCAGACCUCGAGUUCGACUCUUUGCAGCCCUGUUUCUACCCGGACGAAGAUGACUUUUAUUUGUGCGGGCCGGACUCCGCUCCCCCCGGGGAGGACAUCUGGAAAAAGUUUGAGCUGCUGCCCACCCCUCCCCUGUCUCCCAGCCGGGCCGGGCUCCAGGAGCACCCCCCGGGAGGGGGCCCGGUGCCGUGGGGAGGGGCGGCCCUGGGGGGCUGCCGCCCCACCGACCCCCUGGACUGGGCGUCCGAGCUGCUCCUGCUGCCCCCCGAGGCCGACCUGUGGGGCGGCUCGGACGGAGGGGACUUCUUCGAGACGGGCCUCGGCGUGACCAACAACCUCAACUCCAUCAUCAUCCAGGACUGUAUGUGGAGCGGCUUCUCUGCCCGCGAGAAGCUGGAGCGGGCGGUCAGCGAGAAGCUGCAGGGCAAGGCGCCCGCCGCCCCGCCGCCGCCCCCGGGGGCCGCCGCGGGCAGCCCCGCCGCCGCCAGCGGCCGUGCGGAGCUGGGCGGCGCCGUGCCCGAGUGCGUGGACCCGGCCGUGGUCUUUCCCUUCCCCGUCAACAAGCGGGAGGCGGUGGCGGUGGCAGCGGCGGGCGGCGGGACUCCGCGGAGCAGCCGCCCGCCGCGCCCCGCCGGGGACAGCCGGGCCAGCAGCAGCUCCGGGGACGACACCCUCAGCGACUCGGAUGAUGAAGAUGAUGAGGAAGAGGAUGAGGAAGAAGAAAUAGAUGUUGUGACAGUGGAGAAAAGACGCUCCUCCUCCAACAAGGCUGUUACCACCCUUACUAUUACAGUGGGUCCUAAAAAUACCACUUUUCCGUCAGUCAGGACACAGCAGAAUGAACUGAUUUUAAAGCGUUGCGCACCAAUUCACCAGCAGCAUAACUAUGCCGCUCCUUCUCCAUACAUGGAGACUGAAGAUGCUCCACCGCAGAAAAAGUUAAAAAUCGAGGUGCCCCGUCCAGUAAAACCCACGAUCCAACCAAAGUCUAAGAGUUCAAGUCCUCGAAACUCUGAUUCAGAGGAUAGUGAACGUCGACGCAACCAUAAUAUCCUGGAGCGUCAACGGCGUAAUGAUCUGCGGUCAAGUUUCCUCACGUUAAGGGACCAUGUUCCAGAACUGGUUAAAAAUGAGAAAGCUGCGAAAGUUGUGAUCUUGAAAAAAGCCACUGAAUAUGUCCAUUCCCUUCAGGCAGAGGAGCAGAAGUUACUGCUAGAAAAGGAAAAAUUGCAAGCCAGGCAACAACAAUUGCUAAAGAAAAUAGAAUACAAGCGGACUUGCUGAACUUAUUUUUUGUUUUGUCUUUUUUUUUUUUUUUGGCUGACCAGGACAGUCAUUGCCACUUUGCACAUUUUUGAUUCUUUGAAAAAAAAUUGUGUUUUUUGACGUUAAGAAUGUUGGUUUUACUUCCAAUCCAGUCCCAGAAGUAAUCGACAAACUAUAUUAUCCGGGUACGGAGCAAAUGGAUGUUCUUGCAAGGAGUUUAUUGCAAGACUACCAAACAAUGGACUGCCUUUGUUUUUCCUCAUAAGAACUGUAGAUGGUGGGGAUUUUUUUUUUUUCAUUGUUGUGAGCAUUUGGAGCUGCUGAUGACAUCUAGUUGAGUUUUAAAAUGUUCAUUCCUAAGUUUUAUGGUGCUUAUGUUCUAACAGAUGUUACUUUCGGGGCUGACAUUUUGUACCCCUGUGGGAAUUUUCUGUAAAUACCAUCUACACACUUGCCUUUUGUACAUGUCUUGGGUUAUGAGAGGUAGCUUUUGCUACCAGUAUUAGACUGGAAGUUCAUACCUAAGUACUGUAAUACCUCAAUGUUUGAGGAGCAUGUUUUUGUAUACAAAUAUAUUGUUAAUCUCUGUUAUGUACUGUACUAAUUCUUACAUUGCCUGUAUACUUUAGUAUGAUGCUGAUACAUAACUAAAUUUGAUACUUAUAUUUUCGUAUGAAAAUGAGUUGUGAAAGUUUUGAGUAGAUAUUACUUUAUCACUUUUUUGAACUAAGAAACUUUUGUAAAGAAAUUUACUAUAUAUGCCUUUUCCUAGCCUGUUUCUUCCAGUUAAUGUAUUUGUUAAUGUUUGGUGCAUAGAACUGAGUAACUGCAAAGUUCUGUGUUUAAUUUCUUCCAACGAUGUACAUUUAGUGCUGCGUCUUAUAGCACUUUGAAAUACCUCAUGUUUAUGAAAAUAAAUAGCAAUUACAUGA